GUAGGUUUGCCCUCUGUCCCAGCACGACCUAUUGGCUGCACGGAAACGCGGUACUGGACAUACCGAGGGACCUGUGGUUUGGUAACCCAGUUAGGUUACCCCUAGAGCGUCUUUUGUCCGCUGUCCUUGCAAAUUUGACAAAGGAGCAUCAUGGCUUCGAGUCACACUGUGUUGAUGCGGUUGGUAGCUUCAGCGUAUUCUAUUGCUCAGAAGGCAGGAACUAUAGUUAGACGUGUUAUUGCUGAAGGAGACCUAGGUAUCGUGGAAAAGACCUCUGCAACAGACCUGCAGACCAAAGCUGACCGAUUAGUACAGAUGAGCAUAUGUUCUUCACUGGCACGGAAAUUCCCCAAACUGACAAUUAUAGGGGAAGAGGAUCUCCCUCCUGAAGAAGUGGAUCAAGAGCUGAUUGAAGAUGGUCAGUGGGAGGAAAUAUUGAAGCAACCAUGCCCAUCACAGUACAGUGCUAUUAAAGAGGAAGACCUUGUGGUUUGGGUUGAUCCUUUGGAUGGUACCAAAGAAUAUACUGAAGGUCUUCUUGACAAUGUAACGGUUCUUAUUGGAAUUGCCUAUGAAGGAAAAGCCAUAGCAGGCAUUAUUAACCAACCAUAUUACAACUACCAGAACAAUGAAAAGCAGAAGUUAAGGGAACACAGGAAUGAAGCAAAGGCAGGACCAGAUGCUGUGUUGGGGAGGACAAUCUGGGGAGUUUUAGGUUUAGGUGCCUUUGGGUUUCAGCUGAAAGAAGUCCCUGCCGGGAAACACAUUAUCACAACUACCCGAUCCCAUAGCAACAAGUUGGUUACAGACUGUGUUUCUGCUAUGAACCCUGAUGAUGUGCUGCGAGUAGGAGGAGCAGGAAAUAAGAUCAUUCAGCUGAUCGAAGGCAAAGCUUCUGCUUAUGUAUUUGCAAGCCCUGGAUGUAAGAAAUGGGACACUUGUGCUCCCGAAGUUAUCUUACAUGCUGUGGGAGGCAAGUUAACCGAUAUCCAUGGAAAUGCCCUUCAGUACAAUAAGGAAGUGAAGCAUAUGAACUCUGCAGGGGUCCUGGCCACACUGAGGAAUUAUGACUACUAUGCGAGCCGAGUUCCAGAAUCUGUUAAAAAUGCACUUGUUCCUUAAAGAAAAUUUUCAUUUUUUUAGCCCAAAGGACUUGUUUCUCAAAACAGUACAUUUCAAAAACUGAUUGAAUGGAAUUAGUAUUCUACCUUUAUUAAUCAUUGAUCAGUGAUUUAUAGUAGUUACUUAAAGAUAGAAAAUGGGGUUAAAGAAUUUCGUUUUAUUGGAGUCUAAUACUACUUUGCCUUAGGUAUGUAAUAAAUUUUGUGUGUCCUUUUUCCUGUUUAACAAAAUCAGGGAGUCAGGCACAGUGAUGCAUAACCUGUAGUCCCACCUACUUGGGGAAUCUGAGGCCAGAGGAUCAAAUUGCAUGAAUGAAGGAAUUUGAGGACAGCCUGGGCUACAAAGCAUAAUCCUGUCUCCAAAAAAAUAAAAAUAAAAAAGAAGAAAGGAAUUUAGCUUGAUUAGUUAACUGGACCAAUUUUUACAUCUGGAGAAUGUAUAAACUCAAUAUAUUUCUUUUUAUGUGGAGAUAUGAAAAAAAAAAAAAAGGUUUAGUCCUGACUGACUAAGCCAUUUGUGUAAUCAACAUUCCUAUCUUGUAAACCAGAUUUCUUUAGGGCACAGAACCUUAAUUGUUCAAAGAUUUCUCUCUUAUUUUUCAUGGUAGUUUUGAAGGUGUUCCUACUUCAAUUGUGAAUACAUAUAAUGUUAUUAUAUACAUUGAUGAAACAUUUCUGGGAAAAGUUUCUUUAAAAUAAAUUAUUUAAUCCUA